UUCCUUAAGACCUUGAAAAGCCCAAAUAAGCUUGUGCGCAGAACCAGGCAGCAGCUCCGAGCAGAAUUUCUUUGGAGGCGUCGUCUAUAAAUACACAACACACUCUGUUGCGGCUUGACACCUGUCUUUUACAGUCGUCCACAACGUGAGGAAACGUGCAGACACAUCGCAGCGUGUGGCAAGUUAUAAGAGCGACGGACCAGCCUCCAGCGAGCAAACAAGAAAUGUGUGCAAGAAUCUGCAGCGCAGGCUGGUGACUGACAUAACACAACGGAGAUUUGUAAACACGGGGCCCUUUUAAACACAAGCAACAAGAGUGUGUCCCUGAAUGAGUGACUGAGUGUCUGACAGCCUUGGUAAUCUGUGAAGGGCACACAUGGCCCACCGUGUGCACGACCAUCAGAGCCGUCUGCCCGUGACCCAGGCCACGGUGCUGGCUCUGCCGCCUCCCGGCCAGGCAAAGGACUUGAGGCCCAGAUGGACUGCUCUGGACUCCCUGCUGUGUGGUGCGUUUGCUGGAGCCGUGGCCAAAACGGUUAUUGCACCUCUGGAUCGGACAAAGAUUAUUUUCCAAGUGUCCUCAAACAGAUUCUCAGCUAAGGAGGCCUUCAGGCUCAUCUACUGUACGUACGUGAAGAAUGGGCUGCUCAGUCUGUGGAGGGGAAACUCUGCCACCAUGGUGAGGGUCAUGCCCUACGCUGCCAUCCAGUUCUGCUCCCACGAACAGUACAAAAAACUGCUGGGGGGCUACUACGGCUACCAGGGAAAGGCUCUGCCUCCGUUCCCACGUUUCCUGGCAGGCUCUCUGGCUGGCACAACUGCUGCUAUGCUCACGUACCCUUUGGACAUGGUGCGAGCCAGGAUGGCAGUCACUGCCAGAGAAAUGUACAGCAACAUCAUGCAUGUUUUUGUGCGCAUCUCCCAAGAGGAGGGUGUGAAGACCCUUUACAGAGGUUUCACCCCCACUAUUCUGGGUGUCAUCCCUUACGCAGGGAUCACAUUCUUUACAUAUGAGACCCUCAAGAAGCUACACACAGAAAAAACGAAGCGAUCCCAGCCUUACCCAUAUGAGCGCUUGGCCUUCGGGGCCUGCGCAGGCCUGAUUGGACAGUCUGCCUCGUACCCUCUGGACGUGGUACGUAGGCGCAUGCAGACAGCUGGCGUUACAGGCUCAUCCUACUGCACAAUUCUUGGGACCAUGCGUGAGAUUGUGACUCAGGAGGGAGUUAUACGAGGACUGUACAAAGGCCUGAGCAUGAACUGGCUUAAAGGGCCCAUUGCCGUGGGGGUUAGCUUCACCACAUUCGACAUCACGCACAACCUUCUGCUCAAAUUGCAUCAGAUGGGCUACUUCACCCACUGAAUCGGUUAGGAGCGACACAGAGGAAGCAAAAAAGCACGGAUGAGACUGGCAAGAGGGAAGUAGUUGAGUCCGUCAUGUGGCAGUAAUAGGUGUCUGCGCUCAGCGCAGGGCCGUCCUGCAUCACACUCCUGUUUGACUCCAGACAGGAUGUCAGAGGAGUGGAUGAGUGGAAGGCAGAUCUGUUGUACACAAAGAAACGCAGCAUCUCAAACUUUGGUAAAUGCACAUGUCUGAGUGAAGAGACAAAAAAAAGUGUCUUUAAAUAUUUGUUCACACAAUCACAACUUUGUUUUGAAAUCAUGUUACCAUCAGGGUGGCUAAGGUGAUUAACGGUGGAACAGUGGAUAACAACUGUUUUGUAUUUGAUAGAUGAAAAUGGAGGACUGUGUUUGUGUUGUGUUAAUAAGUUAAGGCUUGCACUUUAUUCGGCCUGUUGUGUGUUCUUUCAGCUUAAUCCCGUAUCAACUGAGAAAACUAUUGCUUUGAUUUUGAAUUUUAUUUUUAUUUUUUAUUGUACUUUUUAUUUCUCUUUGAUUAAUUCAAAUAACCGGAUCAUACAGGAAGUAUGUUUUAAGUUUAAAUGUGAUGACGGUGCCAUUGUGGAUUUAACCGGUACCGAAAGAACAAAUGAUUGUAGGAGGGUGAUCAUGUCAGCAGGACUGCACAGUUUCACUGUCCAUCCAGCACUGAGGUAGCAUGGAGUAAUAUUAUAAUGUCUAAUAAGUGGAGGUUGAUCAAAUAUGAGAAAUAAAUCUAUAUGUAUGUUACGGAUUUUGGUUUAUGAGCAUAUUAUAAAGAUUUCCUUUUAUACCUUGCUCACAUUGUUGUACAGAUCAUUGUUUUGACCUGAUUGUAAAGCACCAUUUACCCAAAACACCCAAAUAAGCCAAAGCACUUAACUUUUCAUGUGACUAAGGAAUAAUCAUACUUUCACUGCUAAUGUACAUUUUAAAGAUACAGUAUUUCCAAAGAUGUAAAUUCAGAGUUGUCUCAACACAACUAACCAUGCAAUAAAGUGUCCACCCACAACACUGAGCAAUGAAUCC